AUGACGAGCGGCGGCAGCGACCUCGACAAGGCCAUCCAGCAGCUGCGCGCAUGUCGCCCCAUCCCAGAGAAUCAGGUCCGCGAGCUGUGCUACAAGGCGCGCGAGCUGCUGAUCGAGGAGGGCAACGUCGUCGGCGUCGAUGCCCCCGUCACAAUAUGCGGCGACAUCCACGGCCAGUUCCACGACCUCAUGGAGCUCUUCCGCGUCGGCGGUGACGUGCCCGACACCAACUACCUCUUCAUGGGCGACUUUGUCGACCGCGGCUUCUACUCGCUCGAGUCGUUUCUCCUGCUGCUGUGCCUCAAGGUCCGCUACCCCGACCGCAUCACCCUCAUCCGCGGCAACCACGAGUCGCGCCAGAUCACAACCGUCUACGGCUUCUACGACGAGUGCCUGCGCAAGUACGGCAGCGCAAACGUCUGGCGCUACUGCUGCGACGUCUUCGACUACCUCGCCCUCGGCGCCCUCGUCUCCGGCGCCGCCACCUCGCUGCAGCCCACCGACGGGCCCAUUGCCUCCAGCAGCAACAUGGACAGCAUCCCCGACCUCGACCAGGACAUUGAGAUUGAGACCCUCAACGCCGCCGGCGAGAUCAUGUACCGCUACGCCCGCAACUCCGACGCCCAGUCGUCCGUCUCUGCCACCUCGGCCAACAUGGGCUCCUCCUCCCCCGUCGCACCCCCCACACCCACCAACGUCGGCCUGCCCGGCACAGCCGCCACUUCCUCCGCAAACGGCACCACCAGGAACGACACGGGCGCCAUCUUGUGUGUACACGGCGGCCUCUCGCCCUUGAUCGACAGCAUAGACAAGAUCCGAUUGCUGGACCGCAAACAAGAAGUCCCCCACGAAGGUGCCAUGUGCGACCUCCUCUGGUCCGACCCAGACGAGAUUGACGGCUGGGGCCUCAGCCCCCGAGGUGCCGGUUUCCUCUUCGGCGCCGACAUUGUCAAAUGCUUCAACCACAAGAACGACCUCAGUCUGAUAGCAAGAGCCCACCAGCUGGUCAUGGAGGGCUUCAAGGAGAUGUUCGACAGUACCAUUGUGACGGUCUGGUCCGCGCCCAACUACUGUUACCGCUGUGGCAACGUGGCCGCGAUACUAGAGCUUGGGGAAGACGGGAGCAACGCCGGCUUCCAGCGGAGGACGAAUGGGGACCGAGGAGGGGGAGGCGGGGGCUGGGUGCUGGGAUCCAACGAUGGUCCCAACGCCAACGGAGAGCGGAGGCUCAGCAGCAUGCUGGACGAGCAGAGGAAUAGAGACGGUCCGGGCAGGCGGUAUAGGGUCUUCGAGGCUGCGCCGCAGGAUUCGAGGGGCAUGCCUGCCAAGAAACCGGUCGCCGAUUACUUCCUGUAG